AUGAAUACGAAAAAAAGUAAACUAACAAGUGUCAAUCGUCUUCCAAGUAUAUAUAUUCCGACUUUAAUUAAUUCUGAAUCGGAUUAUAAACGUGAAAUACGUCGUAAACUCGAUCGAAUUCAACAUGAUAAUCAUGAUAUUGUUCGUCGGCGUCUUAUACAUGAUCAUUUAUUUACUCAUGAACAUUUAACAAAACGUUAUCAAUGGUUUAAUUCGGAUAAAUCAUAUCGAGAUACAUGUCGAACAACAUGGAAUAAACAGAUCCAAGGAAAAAAACGUACAAAUCAUGUUAUUUUACCUCAUAUAUAUCCAAAGGAAAAUACGAUAAUACGAAAUAAUCCUAUUCAUAUUGAUGAAAAUGAAAAUUCAAACAUAGUAGAUCAUAAAAUUACACAAAAAUUCUUAUAUACACAACCAGUUAUGAUAGAAAUUUUAAAUGCACCUCAUUCCUAUCAAGCAUUUAAAUAUAAAAAUGAUGUAGAAUUACGUAAAAAAAGUGCACAACAACGACAUAUACAAAUUCAAAAAACUGCAAUCGAUGAUAGACGAUAUACACAACUUUUUCACACAUUACAAGAAACUUAA